AAUGGAGGCACACACACGCACACACACACAUCGCACACCCCCGACCAACCCCACCUCCUUCCCACAAUGAAAACUGAGCUAGCAGGGGGGAGGGAAAAGACCAUGAAAGGAGAGAGUUGGAUGAGAGCUACUUUUCGGGUCAUUCUGUACUAAAUUCUUUUGGCCUGUUUCGUUGCACGGCUACUCGAAGAAGAUUUGAAAAGAAGAAAAAGGACAGAAAAGGAACUUUUUACCCAGCGACUACUUUUUUCAAGAUUUUGCGGUCUCCGCACAUACUGAGCGAGUCUGGUUAACCAAAGUUAGCUCGCCAACGUUAGCACUGCUAGCUUGUCGGCUAGUAGGAAGAAAAACCGGGAGAGGAAGAGAGAAGACAAGAAAGCGCAGUUAUCUUCCAAGUCGUAUUAUGUUGCCGCUAGGACGUAGUCUGAGCUUUGGGUGACACUGAAGUAGUGUGAUUACUUCUGCGGCGAGAGGAAUUAAUGCAACAGGUUCGGAUACGCGCCAUGGCGGAGCUGAAGGACACUUCUUGUGGUACCAGUCCGUAUGUGUGCCACCGCUGGCCGCAUUCGGUGCUGUGGAGACUGGGGGGUUUCUUUUUCCUUCUGCUUUUGGAGGGGGCCCUGUGCCUGGCCAGUCCGAGUGGGCCACCCGGGACUAGUACCAAUACCAACCGGCCCUAUGUGAAUAUCUUCCUCAGCACGGAGGAGGUCAAGAAACUCUUGGGCCUGGAUGCGGAGCUGUACUAUGUGAGGGACGAUGAUGUGAACAUGUACGCCCUCUCCUUCAUCCCGCCCAUCCCCAGUGACAUCAGCACACUACACUUCACAUGGCAUUCCAAAAACAAGGUGGAGUACAAGCUGGGCUUCCAGGUGGAGAAUCCCUCAGCCAUGGAGCAACCUCAAAGCAACAUCUCCAUGCAGGGAGAGAUACCCAGAAGCAGAUCAGUGUUCCGUGUGGACCUGCUGUGUUCUGGUAAGGUGGAUGAGGAGGCCCUGGUGACCGUGCAGCUGAACCUGACCAUCAACCCCAAGAAUGUCACCACGCUCAACUUCAAACGCAGGAAAAUGUGCUACCGACGAGUGGAGCCAGUGGACCCUCCUAAGAUCCCGAUGCCUAAGCCUGGUUACCCUGUGAGUCCUCCCACCACCUCCACGCGUGUCUUCUACAUCAGUGUGAGCGUGUGCUGCGCCGUCAUCUUCCUGGUGGCCAUCAUCCUUGCCCUGCUUCACCUGCAUAGCAUGAAGAGGAUCGAACUGGACGACAGUGUGAGUGACAGCGGGAGCUCCCAGGGUCUCUCCCAGCCCUCCACCCAGACCACCCAGUACCUGAGAGCCGACACGCCCAACAACGCCACGCCUGUCACCAACGUUCACCCUGGCUCUGCACCCGUCCACCAGCUUGCUGCUGCCUCCUCCUCCUUCCCUGCCCAGGGUGCCCCCUCUCAGCCCAGCAAAAGCUACCCCUCACUGCGUAUUGAGAAGAACGACCUUCGGAGCGUGACCUUGAUGGAGGCCAAGGCCAAGGUGAAGGACAUCGCCAUCUCCAGAGAGAGAGUCACACUACGGGACGUCCUGCAUGAAGGUACUUUUGGGAGGAUAUUCCAUGGAGUUCUCUUGGACGAGAAAGACCCCACAAAAGAGAAGCAAGUGUUCGUCAAAACAGUCAAAGAUCACGCUUCUGAAGUGCAGGUGACGAUGAUGCUGACAGAGAGCUGUAAGCUGCGAGGACUUCACCAUAGGAACCUGUUGCCGAUCAGUCAUGUGUGUGUGGAGGAGGGGGAGAAGCCUAUGGUCUUGCUGCCCUACAUGAACUGGGGCAACCUCAAGCUCUUCCUCAGACAGUGCAAACUGGCAGAGGCGAACAACCCGCAGGCGAUCUCACAGCAGGACCUGGUGCAUAUGGCUAUCCAGAUCGCCUGUGGCAUGAGCUACCUGGCACGUCGAGAGGUCAUCCACAAAGACCUGGCCGCCAGGAACUGUGUCAUUGAUGACAGUAUGCAGGUGAAAAUCGUGGACAACGCGCUGGCGCGAGACCUGUUCCCCAUGGACUACCACUGUCUGGGGGACAACGAGAACAGACCCGUACGCUGGAUGGCCCUCGAGAGCCUGCUCAACAACGACUUCUCCAGUGCCAGCGAUGUGUGGGCGUUUGGUGUGAGUCUUUGGGAGCUGAUGACUCUGGGCCAGACUCCGUAUGUGGACAUCGACCCCUUCGAGAUGGCAGCCUACCUUAAGGACGGCUACCGAAUAGCACAGCCAAUCAACUGCCCCGAUGAGCUGUUUGCAGUGAUGGCCUGCUGCUGGGCGCUGGAUCCAGAGGAGAGGCCAAAGUUCCAGCAGUUGGUCCAGUGUCUGACCGAGUUCCAUGCUGCUCUGGGGGCCUACGUCUGAAAUCCAGCCCCAGGCUUCUUCUCCAGCUGCCAGGCCCAGCCAGCACUAACUACCAAGAGGACAAUAAUGAGAAGAAAAGAAAAGAAACCAGUGCCUUACGGGAAAAUAAUGAGAAAGAAAAAAGACUUUCGGAGUAUUUUUUAUUUGUUUUGUAUUUUUUUAUUAUUAUUAUUAUUAUAAUACAAAAAAACAAUGCAUUUCCACAACACACAAGUAACGUCAUUGGCAUUUCUUGGGUAACUUGCUUUUUUAUGAACCCCCAGAGGAGCACAGAGACACAAUGAUCCCCUUCCUGCAGUGAGAGGAAAGGAUGUGACUAUGCUUUUGACGCGCCAAUGUUAGCUAUGCUCCUAUCACCACAUUAGACAUACAUGUGCCCUUCGUGUGGUGAGUGAUCCCCCUCACCCGCUCCCUCUGGAGUGGGCAUCAGUUGCUGUUUCUCAAAUGUACCCAGAGAUUGGUCUUUCAAGAAAUGGAGAGUCUACACACAGGGCUGUGUUUUCAGUGGAGGGACUGACACAGAGGCACCCAGAGUGUGUGUGUGUGUGUGCGCGUGCGUGCGGACAUGGUGCCUCGUCUUUGUAGUCCACACACACACCCAAGACCCUCGUUUUGGGGAGUUUACAGGUCUGACGGCUCUUGAGGAUCUGAUCUGCCCUUGAUGCAUCCCAGGCUGUUGCCCUGAGCCAAGUACUGUCUGCCGCCCCUCCCCUCCCCGCUUCUCCUUGGGUGCCAGACCAGAGAGACACUCUAAACGGCAGGACAUACAAGAGGACAUGGCAGCAAGAGGUGUAUAUAGGAUGCCAAAGCUGAAAGAAAGCUGUGCGUGUGUGCGUGUGUGCGUGCGUGCGUGCGUGCGUGCGUGCGUGCGUGCGUGUGCGCAUGUUCUUUUGGUUGCUGAUGGUUGAGUGCAUGUGUGUCUUUACGUGUUGAUGCUUGUGUGUUCAUGCUUGUGUGUGUGAGUGUGCGCACGAGUGCAUUGAUGUUAAUGUGUGUAUAUUACACAAUCUUGAGUGACGGAGCUUCACCAGUUACCUUCUGGGACCUGUGACUGACCGCUACGGCCUGUGGCGGUUUGCCCCAAUCAUGAAUCAAGAGGUUUCCCUUCCUGUUAUCCCUCCAGCCAAUCCCGUUGCACGAACAUUACUCCCCAGGGGCCCAAUCAGAAUCCCCCUUCAUCGCAAGUCAUCCCACUGCAACCCGUAACACAUUCUCAACAGAGUGAGUGGACCAGACAUGACAUUGUACAAUACACCAGAUAUAUAUGCUGACAAGACUACCCUGAACUGGUCUCCAUUAUAAGACCAGUGAGGCGAAGGAACUGUGGUACGUCCUCAGAGGAAAAAAAAAAACAUUAAUGACAAUAAUAUAAAGUCCCGCUCCUGUAUGAAGUUUGACUGUUCUGUGUCAGAACUAGAUGCACCGUUUCAAAAUAUUAAAAAAAGACACGAUGAUGAUGUAUUGAUGACAUGGUAAUGAUGGUGUUUCAGUCAGGAGAAAAGCCCAGCUUGAACCCGUUCACUGUGAAAGUCAAGGAGUGCUUCUGAGCAGACGCCAUUUUCUAACUCUUCCCUUUGCAUCAUAUAAGGUCUUCGUCAUGUCAUGUGACCUCAUCAUGAUCACCGCAUGUUGAUUUGUUUUUGUUUUUUUGUUUUUGUAAGGUUAUUGUGUAAACUGCUUCCUGAUUUCCAUACCCACGUACCAAUUACAAUGGAGCCAUUGAAUAAAACAGCCCUUCCAUUGCAUA